UGUACUGCGCUGUACUGCGGUAAACACUCGCGUUGACUCGCGUGUCGCCUGAUCGCUUGAAUCGCGAGUCAUGUGUUCUGCGAAAUCUCUCACAUUUGAGAACACGAGUCGCUUGAGCCAUGCUUGAUACGUGUUGCCGUGAAGUAUGAACUGUGUGCGUGAUGUAACCUGCUUAGCGUGCUAACGCUGCUCGUUUUAAGCCAGCUGUCAACGCCUGUCCUGCGGACAAUCGAGCUUUUGUCGUCAGCGCGCUUUGCCAGCGAUUAUUGUUUGCGGCAUACAUUUCAAGGUCUGUUGCCUUGCCUCCACUGCGCCGUCAUCAUGACCGUCCCGAAGCCUGACACCCGCAAAAAGACUGUCCUGGACAGCACUGGGAAGCUUGACUUUGGUGAGUUUGAGCUGCAGCUCUUUGACAGCCGCUACAUGAACAAGCGGCCGCAGACAUCCGACUCUAUGAAGCUGGGAAGCUGGCUAAAGCCGUCAUGCAUCCCGAUCACUAUCAUCCUCCUGCUCAUCGUCCUGGUAGUGCUCUUCCCACUCCUUGGUCACUCUCGGGAUGGCGGCUUCGCUGCCCAGAGCGCCAGCAAGGAUGGCAAAGCCAUCAACUGCCUUGACACAUGCUCAUUCACCCUCGUGGAAAGCAUACCCGAAAACUUGACAUUUCCUUCUGGAUCACCGUCACAUGUGAGCACCUAUGAAGGCUGGAAGACACUGUUACAGCUUGCCACAACAGAGAUCAAAAUAGCCUCCUUUUACUGGACUCUUCGUGGAAGUGACAUAUACCAGGACCCCUCCGCUUGGCAGGGGGAAGACAUAUUUAAGGAGAUUGUCACAGCCGGCAAGAAUCGGUCUAUUGAUAUCAAAAUUGCUCAGAACUUGCCAAGAGAAAGGGAACCUAAUCUGGACACCCAGGACUUCAUUAAACAAGGUGUCGCAAGUGUGAGGAGUGUUGACUUCGACCACCUCAUGGGUGCCGGUGUACUUCACACGAAAUUUUGGAUAGUGGACAACAAACACAUCUAUGUGGGCAGUGCCAACAUGGACUGGAGGUCCCUGACUCAGGUGAAGGAGCUCGGUGCGCUGAUCUUGAACUGCGGAUGCCUUGCCAAGGACUUGGACAAGGUCUUCCAAGUCUACUGGGACCUGGGCGUCCCGAACGCUACGGUCCCUGCCCACUGGCCUGCAGAGCUCAGCACCAACAUCAAUGCGGAGACGCCCGCUGACGUGGAUUUCAAUGGCACGGCGACGCGGACCUACUUUUCGAGUUCUCCGCCAGCCUUCUGUCCAGACGGCCGUACCGUGGACGUCGACAGCAUCUUGGACGUGAUCGCGAGUGCCGAAAAGUUCGUCCACAUCGCAGUCAUGGAUUACAUGCCUGUUACUCUCUACGAAAAGGAAGCAAAGUUCUGGCCCCGUAUCGACGAUGCCCUACGGGCGGCCGCCAUUGAGCGAGGCAUCGAGGUUCGCCUUCUUAUCAGCAAGUGGAACCACACCCACCACGCGAUGUUCAACUACCUCCGCUCCCUGUCGGUACUACGGUCACGUCAAGUGAACAUCCACGUCAAAUUGUUCGAAGUCCCCGCUUUCACGCCCGAGCAAGAGUUGAUACCGUUUGGGAGAGUGAACCACAACAAGUACAUGGUCACUGAUAACAAGGCGUACAUUGGAACGUCAAACUGGACCCCUGACUAUUUCAUCAACACUGGUGGCGUCGGCCUCAUUCUGGACCAAUCGGGCAACAAUGAGACAUCGUCCCAGCCAAUCACGGAUCAGCUGAACUCAGUAUUUGAGCGGGACUGGAACUCACCGUAUGCGCGAUGGCUGUGAUACCCAAGCAGCGCCCUCUCUUAGGUCGCGCUCAGCUCAGGAGACUGCUCAGUCUUUGUGCAGCGCAAGGACAGAUUGUUGGACGUGUUUGUGCCUCAUGAUAGGAGUCAUCGACGUGUGUGAUCAACCAGCUCUUUAUUGGUGGCAGGAAGAGGUAUGUUGCCGACGUGUUUUCCAACUCUCGACAAUGGAUUCAUCACAGACAAGCUUCUACAGCAGAUGAGAGUAGAUUGGACGAGCCAGUUGGCUGAUUGUUAAAUGACGCAGUGUGUGUGUACGCACCUACUGUUUGUCCAGUCCUGAGGCGUUGUUCUUUAGUGGCAACUUUAGAGGAACGCUGCAAGUGUAACUAUAUAAGACACCUGAGGGUGUGGGCUGAUUGAUUGUUAUGUGUUACGAGCAUCGUUGCAGUUUCAGGUUCUGUUACUGAAAACCAGCAGGUGUUUCGACGUGUUUUAUCCUAAUCUUUCUCCAACUUGCCCCCAUGAUACGCCUGCAGCAGGUGUACAAUGCCAUCUGACAUGGAUAUGUUCAAUUGUCUCUGUUGAGUUGGCGCACAGGAUGUUUGACAUAAUUGAGUUCUGCAAGCACAUCUUUCUAAUUUUCUUAUACGAACUCAUGCCUUGCAUAUUUACUUCAGCAAGCAAUAUUGCUCGAAAUGUUGUUUUGUUUUCAUGUUUUUAUUAUAUUCUUGUACGUACUAGUGAGCUGGUGCAGAGGCUUCACAGCUGCUGGCACGCUCUGAAAUAAACAAUAAACAGCUGUGCUAGUUAGGAAUUACAAUGCUGCAUCAUGCUAAACCAGCACUAAAUACAGGCGUGACAUUGCCAGAAGUCCAGAAGAUGAUUGCUGAACUGUAAAUGAAGUUCAUCUGUUCAGGUGGCUUGGUCCUACGGUGUUCUGCUAAACAAGAGGUUACAAAUCUGUUUCCUUUCCCCACAGCUUCCGUGUUCUGAGAAUGCAAAUGCAUGCAAAACCACUCUGUUUACGUUUGUGUUAAUGAAGAUGAAGUAUGUAUUGUGACACUCCUACUGCUCUGUCUCUCAUAGCCCAGAUGUUACUUUGGGUCUUUAAACGUAAUCAACUGAUCUAUACUGAGGGUGGCUGGGUAUCGUGAUUCACACCUCAAAUGCAAAGAUGGAAAUGUACUGCAGUAAACCUUAGUUAUAGUUCAGCGUUUCAUCACUGCACUUAUGUCUAGUCUGUGCUUUGUGCUGGUUAAUCAUGACAGACAGCUGGAAUUAGCAGUUGAGAGUUGAAAGACAUUGUGUGGAGAGAUCAUGUUUUAAGCUGCAUGUCUCGGGCAUGUUAUGGGCAAGUUGCGAAGUAUGUUGUCAAGAAUAUAUAAGCAAUUCUGUUAUCGGCACGGUGCAAGCAAAGUGAUGAUCAUGUAGGCGGAGUGACAGGGGUACGUGCAGAUGAAUUCGUGAGCUGUGACUGGCACAGUUGUCAACCUCACUAGUACGAGUUGUGUUGGAGGGUGAAUGCAUUUGGGUGCAAGUGUCAGAGUAGCUUUCUGCUAAACAAUGUUGCACCUUCUGUUCCGGUACUCCCAUCUUGUUAACUGAUAUGCAGCUACUCAUUGAGUGCGAUUCAUUUUUUGCCUUGUGACGUCACCAUUGGGCACAGCGUGAAGGGACACUUUGAUAUACCGUAGUUUCGUGCAUUUAACCUGUACCAGGAAUUUAAGAAAUUUUAGAUACACAGUGAAAGUGCGGGUCGUAAUGUAUUCUGCCUUCAGGUGGGACUUUGGAGCAAUGCAUUGUGCAUUGCCGUGAAGCCGCACUUGGAGGCAAAAUUCACUUUAUAAAACUCUUAAACAAGAGAGAGGUUGAGGAAAAUGGAGGCUUGAAGCAAUCAGCAGUUGUCGAACAGGGAAUGUCGCUGGAGCUAACAUUGUCCUCCGUCCGGGCAGUCCUGCCCCGAAACAGGACAGAUCCCCUUGUCGAAGCGUUAGUUCCAUCGACAUUCUUUGCUUGACCAUUGUUGAGCAUUGUCAAGAAGCUGCACUGCUCAUUCCAGCAUUUAAAGUGGCUCAAUGUAUGAAACAAAACUGUUGCUUAGAAUUUGUUUUGCACUGACAGCUGCGCCGGCAUUUCUUUCGUAAAGGUUUCAACACUUGUGUGCAGUUAAUUGCGCGGGUUAUCGUCAGCCUGUAUGUUCAGUUGCACCUUUCCCUACGACUCUGUUUUAUUGCUGUUCUGCAUCAACCUUCCCCAUCAUAUCCCUGCAAAUUUUCCUACCUCGUCCCACUCUGCCAUUCUCGGCUGCAUUCCACCUUUCCUUGGCACCUGUUCUGUAACUUAAUUUAGUUAAUAGUGGAAUGCUAAUCUCUUCUAUGCAUUACAGAACGCUUCGAACAUCACCUCUUCUUUUUAAUUUGAAUCAUAACAUCAUCUACUUGUGUCAGGUCUUCAAUUCAUACUGCCAUAUUCCUGUCCACGACAUUUGUUGGUCAUAGAUGCAUAAAGUUUCCUUUUUGUUUGAUUUUUUCAGCUGUAGUUUGGGGCUCAGGUUAUAUGUGGAAUCAUAGUAUAACCAAAAGAAAACUGCAGAUGAACUUUCCAGUUAACUUUCUUAACAUGUUCAACAUAAUAGAUUAAUUUUGUUUAAGUUCUGACCAACAUUUAGAGAACAUGAUGGCUAGGGCUUUACAGGGUCGAAAAAUGUGUUUGGUGCAACAUUCAGACACUUUAAUGGCACCUGUAGUAUACUCAGUACAAUUUAUUUCUUUGAAUAUGUGCUUCUGUUGUGAACUCUUGUCUAUUAUAGCAGUUAACUGUGGCAAACGAGACUUGCUGGGCUUGUAUCAUGACAAGGAGCAAACCUGAAGGGCUUAGUACUUUUUAACUGAGCUAUGAGCAGUUCACAUAAAUUUAAAGGUGGGCCAACUUGAAAUUUGGAUGUAUGUGAGCUUAAAAUUUGGGGCUGGGCCAACUUGAAAUUUUGGGAUGGGUCAACUUCAAAUUUGGAGGUAGGCCAACUUAAAUUUGGGGGUUGGCCAACUUAAAAUUUGGGGGUAAGCCUGCUGAAAUUUGGGGCGAGCCAACUUCAAGUUUUGGCGGGGGCCAACUUAAAUUUGGGGGCAGGCUAGUGCACAAUACAAAUUUCUCCGAGGAAAUGCAUAGCUUAUAUAAUAUGUAAGGAAGCUUUCCAUUUGGAGAUGGCGCAAUAAACAAUUUUAAAGCUUUUUAUGCUAUCCAGUAGGUUUCUUUUUUUGCUUGUUCCUUCAUUUGCUACCCUGCUUUUCCCCCUCUUAAAUUCCUGCAUUCUUCUUUUUUUAUAGAACGUAUGAAUGAGGCUCUACUGUAAAUGCAGGAGGUGCAGGUUUUUGGCGCUAAUACAUGGAGUUGUUGAUAAUGCCUGAAUUUAUUUACACUUUUAUUCAGAAAGUCUGACUACUAGAUUUCAAUUAUUUUGUGUUGGUGAUGUUUCCAUGAAAAAUAGCUGCCUACCUUAAGCUAUCAUCAGCAUCAUUGGCCUAUUUUAUGUCCAUUGCAGGACAUAGGCAUAUCCCUACAAUUUCUAAUUACGCCUGUCUUGCCCUAGCCGAUUCCUACUUGCACCUGCAAAUUUCCAAAUUUCAUCACCCCACCUAGUUUUCUGCCGUUCCUGACUUCCAUUCCCAUUGGCAUCCAUUCUAUAAGUCUAAUAGUCAACCGGUUAUCUACCCUACACUUUACAGGGCCUGCCUAGCUCCAUUUUUUUCCUCUUAAUGUCAGCUAGAAUAUCGGCUAUGCCCGUUUUCUCUCUGAUCCACACCAUUCUUUUGCCAGUCUCUUAACGUUACGCCUGACAUUUUCAUUCCAUCGCUCUUUGUACGGUCCUUAGCUCAUUCUCGGGCUUCUUUGUUAACCACCAAGUUUCUGCCCCAUAUGUAUACCUUAAGCUAUAGCAUUGUAAAGUUUUGAUGUCAUUCGAUGGAUGCUUACAUUGUGUAUCCAAGGUUCUGGGUCUCAUUUAAGGUAAUCAUGGGACAAUGAUCACACUGAACGUAAAUUUCCAUUUAUCAGCAUAUUUAAUGACUUGGAGGCAUACUUGUGAUUAACAUUUAUGCACAUAUUUGUUUGCACUGUUGCUCAAACACCCAAUGCAAUAUUUGUCUAUAAAUAAACAAGUUAACGAAUGUGAUAGGACAAAGAGGGGAGGGGUUGGCCAGGUGAGCUGCAGGUAGUUUAAUAUGUAGGUACCGUCAACAUAGAUUCGAAUGCGAAAAGCAAAUAGCUCAUCAGAAUUCCUGUUAUGCGUAAUUUCAUAAAAGUGCAACAUGUAAUCGCUUUGUUGGAAAAAAUCUGUGGGAAAAGAAACAAUUUUAAACUACCUGACAGGAGCACAAAGCUGCAACAGAACCCAAAUGGUUUCUCAGAAAGCCUCGCAGUUGGUGAAAAGCGCAGCUUGGUUCAUUUCUCUUUCAUAAAGCUUCCUCCACCUUGCAGGUUUUUCACAGAACCAUUUGUAAUACGCAUUGUGACAACGUUUGAAAAGUGGUGUUGCACAAGACUGCAUUGCCAUGCGCACAUUGUCACGUCGAAUGAAGAAAUGCAAGGUUUUGUGUGACUGGGCAACAGUGCUUACAGAAACACGAACGGUGGCAUUUGUUACAGGCACAUCUAAGCAUGUGCAAGGCCAGUCUGACGUAUGCCCUACACUUGGCCAACAUUUAUCAAGCGCUGAAUGGCAGUAUAUGUCACUUACGUAUUCUCCUCUUAUCAACUUAUUUUGUAUCAUUAUUAUUUUAUACUUAAGUUCACUCAGAACCUGUUGCAUACUGCCGAUUACCCCACCACUGCUGCCAGAGUAGUGGGACGGAUCGCAGGUUUAUAGCGAAGCUGUUAGGGUAAAGAUGCUCACUGCGUUGACCAUCAACGUGUGGUUAUUGUAAUUUAUGUUACCACUCCACGCCAUUGCGUCCUUGCACUUUGUUUGAUCUCAUGCACUCUUUCGAAACGUGGCAGCAUAUCUCAGGCCUGCUUGAGGGUGAUGAUUGGUGUGGUAUUUCCCUUCGAAACAGGGCAAUGGCUGGCAUAACCACACUCCAGCAUACUAUUCAAGUUUUCAUGCAACUUUGUAGUGUUGCUAUGUUUUAAUUCCUCUCCUCAUUGUCUGUAUAAUAAGCACAUGAUUACACUAUCCUGUGGCCAUGUACCAAAUUUUUCUUGUUAUCACUUUGAUUCUUCUCUACUUGUACGCCACCAAUUUUUCAACGUCUUUUGCCCUCUGUCCGUCCCACCAAUCUUGAAGGCAAAUGAGCUCCCUCUUGUGACUGCCAUGCAGUGUCCUGUUUUUAAUCAAACCGUGACACAAGAGUUCAAAUUAACCGUAUAUGGGAUUCAAUUUGUUUGAGUUUGGUAUUCAAGUAAUCCCAUUCAGACACUGUAAAGGUUUGCAAUUUUGCUGAAAUAUGCAUGGCGAAUGUAUUACUUACUGUGACGAGUUAAUUUUUUUAUCAAGAUAUGUCAAAAUAUUCGUAAUAGCAAGGCUCUUGAGUCAUUACCAACGUUUUUAGAUUGGAUCAGUUGGCAAAGAGCGUGGCCUUCCCGUGGCGCGGAGCGGGUCGGUGCCAUCGCCGACCAGGCGGUGGCGCUGCGGUAGCGUUGGGAUCGGUCUCUACGCGUCGUUUGCUACUUUCUGAAAGGUGCCGGCAAGCGACCACCACAUUCAUUGGUAGUCGCCCUCUUAUGCGAGAAGCAGAAACGCAAAUUCGCUCUCACGUUACUUGGCUUUAGUGAAAAGCGCCUUUUAAAUAGUUGUAUAUGAACAUUACAAAAAAAAAACACAUAAGACAGGGCAAAAAAAUUGAGGCAUAGAAUGGGCAGUGCGCUUACUUUCAUUCCGCUUCCUGUUGUAAGUAAGGGAUGUUUAUUUUUCGCCAGUAUACUUAACAAAUCAGCCCAGAAUCCCGUAAUACUCAACCAUAUUCCAAUCUUACCUGAAAACGCCUUACGCGGGCAAAAAACUCCGGGAAAGCCUACAAAUUCAACAACCAGCAAGGAAGCAAGAAAAAAUGCCUUGUAAUUUUUAUUUGAUGUUGUGAAAGGGAAUGCAGGAGGUAAAUUAAUUACAGCGACAUAUUUAUAAUAAGAAAACUGUUUACAGUGAAGGAGCUGUGCAGGAAGCCUUCACAUUAGCUUGACUUUCUUUCGGGCAGAUGCGGCCCUUUCCGAAGAGCUGAGGCUCUUGCAGGCAUCUUUUGAGGCAAAAUGCAUUCGUAGCACAAUGUAUGAAUGAAGAAGCUCUGCAGUAGUGGUGUCCUUGUGUAUGGGACAACCGACACUUGUCACAUCACAGUCCCCAAGUGCGUCGAGAAGGGUCCAAAAAGUGUCGGAACAGAGCCGGUUCCUUUGCAACUCAUCUGAAAUCUUGUUUUCAAUACCUCGAAACAUACAGAAAAGCUCCCAUGAUGGCAACUUGAGGCAUCCAAGCGUAUGUUCCCUCUCCAAAGUGAGAAAUGCCUCUGGGCACUCUGCAUUUUGGGACUGGAUGCUACAUAUACAAUCAGAGCAUCUAUUAUGUUUGAGGAAAGAGUGAACAAGGUAGCCGCACAAGUAGUAAAUAACAUAGUCCUGUGCUGCUGGCAUGGAGUAUCCGUGAUCAGGUGCUGUCAGUGCUGUAUUCUGCGUAGUAGAACAUAUCUCCGCCAACUUUGCCUCUACUUUCUCCUGGAGUCUUUCAUGGGAUGAAAGUUUGUCCUUCCUUCCCCUUUUCAUGCUGUCGGCUACAGUGGUAAGCACAAAGGUCUGUUCCUCAUUCACAUUCCCUGUGACACAAGUACUGAUUGGGGUAUACAGGCUCAGAAGCCUAUAUAUGUGUGCAAAGCUGAUUAGAGUGGGGUGAUCUUCAUCACCUCCGUAGCUUCUUGUCACACCAAAAAACCUCUGGAAAAAAAUGAAAUAACAAGGUGGUUUCUUCAUGAAACAAACUGCACAAACAUCAAGGUUAUAAACAAAGAAACUGUACUGCUUACCUCUAGAGGAUCUUGGUUGAGUUUGCCCGUGAGCACAUAAUGCACUCCUUUGGAGAGGAGGUCUGCUACAAGGUCCCGUACUGACGCAAGUGUAACCCGAAGAGAUUCCAUAGUAACUUGCGACGCAAACAUCACUGUCCCUUUGGUGAUAUGGUUUUCCUCGGUCUCAUUUACAGCAUCAAGGAACUCUUGGAUGACCUUUAAAAUGAACCAUCAAGCAAAUUCCUUUAACAACAAGGCAACAGAAGGUAUGAAAUAUCAUCUCUACCUUAAUUUCCUUUGAUGAACUUCGUAUUCCAAGCCAGGGGAGCUUCACAUUGAGGGCAUCGAAUAGGUUGUUCACCAUCAUGGUGAAUUCAGUAGUUCCAUGGCAGUCUUUCAGAUCAGGCUCCUCUAGCCUCUGGUAGACCUUUAGCCCAAUGGCGGUGCUACGGCUGAAAAGCCUGAAGAACAACAUAUGGGGAAAAUUUUUCAGCUUUAUUUUUUAUAAACAUUCAUUGAUGCACAUAAACAAAGAGUAGUUAACGACGAAAUACAUAUAGAUAUGGCAUUUUUGUUUACCUGUACAGCCAGUCUCACAUUCAUCUUUCGUAGGUUGUCUGGGCUUACAUGCUCGUUUGUCAACUUCGGUACCACCCGGAGCUGCUGUUUGCCAUCUACUUUUUGGAGUUUUCGGUAGUGGUCAAAGUUUAUCUUGUGUUCACCGAUCUGUAAUUUAUAAAGGAUUAGAUGAAAAAAGGCGCUCCAUUGCACAUCACUCUACAGUUGCUUAAGGAUGAAAAGUAAGCAAAAGCAUUCAAACCCACAUACCAUGCCAUACUUGCGAGGCAGAAGAUGGUUCCUUAUACACUUGAUAAUGUGGGGAACAUCGCAAAGGAAGUACAGCUGCUGAUCAGGCACACAAGGAUGGUCAACUUUGUGUUUCGGUGCGUGAAGCUUGCCUUUGAUACCGAAACAUGACCACAUGGCCUUGUUAGUGCUGGCACCAUCACUGAUUACAGCGACGACAACUGCAUUAUGCUUACAUAGCUCCAAAAUGGCUUCCAAAACAAGCCUUGCCAGCACUCUUCCAGGGGCUGCAUGUCUUGUCGCGAAACUUGCAAUCGGCUGCACCCAAGAGUGAAACAAUGGCACAAACAUGAGGACCAAAGCAUGGUCAGCUGUUGUUUCUGAGUCAUGGCCAUCUCCAUAGUCAACAAAGCCGUCAACUUUGUAGGUACUCUUGUUAAAUGCAACCACCUCUCGCACCUUCAUCUCGUCCAGUAUCAGGGCUCCAUAGCAUUGCACUCCUGUUCUGUUCUUCAUAAAGGCCCCGACACUGGCAAGAGAUACCUUGUUGAAGCCGAAUUCACAAGGCAUUCCGUUCAUCAUUUGUCUGAGCCUUGUCACGGUUGGAAGUGGCAUGAGCUUCAUCUUUGUCAUUAGUCUAUAAGCUCUUGGGCUUGAAAUUCUUAACAGAAGGCAAGUCAUAAGCCAUUCCUGUUCAUAACGGCGUCCUCGUGGCAAUUUCGCUUUUGCCGCUUUCAAUGCUGCCCGAAAGGCAAGUUGCUGUGCUUGUGGAAGAUUCUCCAUCGCUUUGUCGACUUCGCUUAAUGAAACUUCUGACAAACGGCGCGUCAGUGUACCCAGCUGUCUUUUUGCUUUUUCGCGAAAGACAGUGGCCCUAAUCGCCUUUUUCCUUAGGUUCUUAAUUUCGCAUUGUGGCUUCAGUUUUGUGCUUUUUUGGGGGCGGCGCUUAACUCUAUCCACAAAAUUUUUUUUUGUUUUCUUGCAUGGAGGGCACAAGCAUUGAUCUGACAGCACCAUGCAUUUCUUGUUUCGCCACACACCCUGCCUUUUAACAGCUGUCAUUGAAGAUGAAAUGCCUGGAAACAACUCACAUUUACACCCAGUACAAAUCUUGAGGGCAUCGAUGUAGCGAAGAAAUCUUGCUACAUUCUUCUGGCUUGUCAGUUGAGUCUGAAUGUUUCCAUUUUUAUCGUUGUCGACGAUGUAGCUGCACGGCGGGACAAGCACACCUCUUGAACUAACUUCAACCGUCAAGUCUUGUCCGAUUACUACGGACUUUUCAAUGCGUACAAUGCCCCCGGACUCCUCCAGCUUGUAGAAUAUAACCUGGUUGGUCGAAGCCUUCACACGCCACGACUCAAACGCUUGACCGUCCUGCAUAACAGCAAACCAGGGCGCAGCUUCUAGCGUACUUACUUCGGCGCAUUCACCGCCAUCCACGCCGUGACUUGCGUCGUCGUACAAACUCCCAUCACUUUGGCAGGAAGCAACUUGGGCAGGAACCACUGUUCUCACUUUGGGUGGUUUUCUUGCUGACUUGGGCGUCUUUGGUUUUGACAAAUGCUCAGGUAUGUUUGGAAAAAUUCGAGGCACCGCGCAUUCCCUCAGGGUCCACCUGCCUCGCGGUAUUCUAACGGUUUGACCAUUCACGACGUGCUCAUAACAGCUUAUGAUGUCUGCAGGCUCAAAAUGAAUGUCACAAACGUACGUUUUUGACGUCACCUUGAAGUUUUUCCGCGGGAUCGCGUUUUCCCACGCCUUCAAUACGUGAGGGUCCUUUGGGGGCUUGAAAAAAUGUCGCGGCACAGGACUUGCCGCUGCCAAAGCAUAUCCCGAACGACAGCCCGGCGCGCUGCACGUCGGCAUGUUGAGAAUUCGCGCUGACACUUCACGGCAUCCACUCAAACACGUAAGGACGCUCACUGCACAGAGUUAAUAUGUUUGCGGAACGCGUUAAAGCAAAAAAUACAGGCGUGAUAAACGCGCGAGCACCAGCAACGUGACAAAAACACAUGGCCGAGGCAAGCCUCGCUCUUCAGAUUAGAUCUCAACGGAACUGCAGCGCCAUCUCUCGCAACGGCGACAAAACGGCGCCGCCUCUCGCAGCCAGUUUGCCAACUCAUAAAUCUAAAAACUUUGGUCAUUACUUACUUGAGCAUAGUAUUUACUGGUUUUACAAGUUUGACCUGUUUGUACUUCGUAAUGAAGUGAGAGCCCAUAUUUCUUUGGACUACAUACCAAACAGCAAAAAUGUAUAGCCUUUUCACUGCUGGACCAUUGGCAUGCACAUUUAUUGAUUUCUUUAAUGUCAUGCAUAAAAUCAUGUAAAUGACAUUCAGUAUUCCUAAAGGAAAUGAUUUGUAUGUCUGCACAUAAUUUCACUGCUGUACUACUUCUAGUUUUUGCACAGGCAGCUGAAUGUACUCGACAGUGAGUUUUCUUUCUUCUUUUUGGGCGAAAUCUAGUUGACAUAUCACCAGAACAAAGAUUAGCUAAUUUUAAGUUGAUUCACAGGGCACAUUUACCAGUAAUCGUGCGUCUAAGGAGCUGGAGCUUCUUGUGCUAAGCUGGCUGAUUCCUAUUGUUUUGUACAUGAGCUGUGCACCUUAUGCUAUUUUGCACGAUGCAGAAAACGCAGUGGAGGCUACUUCACCCCUACACUUUUAUGUUCUUUGUUAAGUUUCACAUCGCAUUCGAGGUGUAUGGUUUGUUUGGGGCCUCAGUGGUACGGUGUACUGUUGCACCAGGCCAACUGUUGUUAUUGCUAUGAAAGAUCCUGUACAUAAUGGUCUGUUCUGCAUAAUGAACUAUGUAGGUCAUUCUUUCCAUUGUGACUUCUUCCUCUGUGUUAGUGCAUGAGACCAGAUAACCUAAGUGAGCAAACCUUUGUAGUAAUCUGUGCUCCAGAUUGUGUUUAGUAAAACCAUGUAAUCCGAGCAAAUAGUGGCAAUUCUGGUAGAGUGUGCUUGAGGCAGGCUGCUCUCAUUUGUAUAACACUUCCCAUAGGCUGCAAGCAUGUUUUUGUGAUUUUUCAUUGUUUCAUCUUGUCAAUCUUUAAUUGAGUGUGCUUAUUUGAAGGAUGUUUUGACAUGGACAUUCACUUGUUUGUAGUUGUUGUCUUCGCGGCCGAGCAACAAGAUGAGCACUUUGUUCACGUUUACUGAAUGCUAAGCCACCUCUUCACACCCGUCAUGAGAGGAAUUGUUCAAAUGCCGCGGGCAGUUUGUUCUUAUUUUUUUUUCUUGCAAGGUACUUAGAAAUGAGGUGGUGUAAUGGUUGGUUGCAUAAACCAGACCAUAAAGGUUACAAAUGCUUUUGGAGCAGAAGCCACUAGAGCAGUCACCAAGGACAGGUGAAGCCGUAGCUGCAUAUUCCUGUAUCUGAAAGACAAUGCCAUGUCUCCAUGACAAUCCGAGCAGUAUGCAAAUCACGUUUCAUGAUAAAUUGCACAAUUAAUAUUCAAUCAAAACUUGCUGCGAGCAGUUCAAAUGCUUACUUUCCAUUUGCUACUUCCUUCCUACUGGUGAUCUAUUUCAUACUCAUUGGUAGAAUUUAUCUUCAUUGACAUAUGUCAGAGAAGACAUACUCAACAACUUGCAUGCAAUGUGCAACUUGAUUUCUAAGUUAAAGCUUGCAGAAUAUGCUACGGGUGUGUUUUGAUUCUGACCAACAUUGGUGACAGUUUGUGUUGUCUACUAAAAAGACAGCUUCGAGACCAAGUAAUGGAACGGAUCUGAAAUACGUCUCUGCAACUUGAUGCCAUUUCGCGUUGACAAGAAAGAGCCAAAGACACAUAUUAUUGCUUUCUUUUAACUUUGUUCAAACGUAUUAAACCACAGCGUAGCAUACAUUGAGUACAUAAGGAAAUGUGACUGCAUUGUCUUGUGCGCAGAACAGCCCUCUCGUCGAGUUUCAAAAUUUUCUAUUUGGCUGCCAUCAUGUUUGGACAGAAAAGUAGUCGGCAUUGUCUUUUACUUCAGUGCCAUCUUCAUGAAGCUGUCUCUUUUGCCGGCUUCAUCAGAAUCGGAAUAAGACUUAAGAUUGCUCCUGUCCGCUUAUCUUUCUAUUUAGCCAUCUCCAACGGGCAUUGGUGCACAGCCUAAGUUUUCUGUUGCUCGCCAGGCACUACUGCUUUUCGUGCUCGUAAUAACAUGCUGUUUAUUACUUCGCUUUUUCUGAAUUUCUUUUCCACUCCAGAAGCCCUUUUGUAUCCUCCUUGGGGAAGCGGUAUGAAAUUUAGAGGACGUUUAAGCUUUGCCUUUAAGAGGAACACGACAGCAUUCAAAGAUACCUGACUGCUUCUCAUGCUUCCGAGCAACUGCAGCAUAUGUAACCAUAAUGUUUUCCCAGAAACGCUGGCGGCGAGCGCUAUGCACGAAGGCAGCUUUCUGUGGUGCGCCGCAGAAGAUGGACCUCAAGGGGCAGCUGGAGAAGGGGUUUCUGUCUGCGUAACAGAAUUAUGUUUUCUCGUAUAUUCAGAUUACAAUCCGACACUAUCGUGCCUGGAGGUUGUGUGUAAAUCGUACUUCACGAAUUUUCUGACGCAUUUUGUUUUGAGAAAUUCAAUUUGUUCAGUAAUACCUAUGCACCAUGUGGAGGGCCUGCGUGGAUCAGGAUGCGGGGAUCAGGGUUUUUCUCAUACAGACAACAGCGCCGAUGCCAGAUCUUGUGUGACACGGGGCCCUUAAUGCCAUCGCAUUAAAACUUGAAUGGCAAAUGCCUAAUGCACUACAUAAUGAUGCACUUUGUAUAUAUGUACAAUGAACAUCUGAACAUCACAUCUGACAGUGUUGCCGAGUGCCAAUGUAUUAUCUUUGCUGUGCCCAUGCGUAGUGGUCUUUGGCUGUAAAAAUGCCAAAAAGAAAUGAAUGUAUUCAAUACGCCUCUGACUAUGCAUAAGGUGCACGGUGACCGUCUUUCUGAAACAUGCACCAGUGGGGUUCUGCAUUGAUGUACCAUCUGCAUUUUCACCUGCCUGUUAUUUUCCUCGCAUUUCCCUGAGGAGCACAUAAAAGGAAUGUGAAUUCCAUACUUGAGAUUCCUGCUAAAGUAUGCCAGAAGGCAGACUCUGUAUUUCUAUUGACAAUGUACAACUAAUAUUUGUAUAGUUAAGUGUGUUUGUUAGAAUGUACAACUGCAAAGCAACAGGGGGUCCAUGAACUCACUUUGUACAGAAAAGUGCCAAGUAAAUAAAAAUGUGUCAGUCAAAAA